AUGCAUCAUCAUUUUCAGAGUAGGACCGUGGACGUGGUACAUUCCCACGUGGUACGGUACGACUUUGGAAAUGAUCAUGCCUACAAUCGACUCGAGACUAGACACGACGAUGGGGCGACUCCGCUGCAGCUUCCCUUCUCGGAGCCGCACAACUCAGACUUGUCUGAGGCUGCACGUCAGCAAAUGCUUAGCUUACGCUCCGUCCACCGACGCAACGAACUGUUGGCCACUGUCAGUCGUCUGGUGCGCUGCUUCGAUGCUGAACUGCGAGUGCUCAGAAACAACCGGUUCUACAUUGACACCAUCUUGAAGCGAGCCGAACUCUCGCAACUCACCUCGUUCGACGAGUAUCGGCUCCUGAAGGAGUUCGAGAAAUCGGAGCUGGUGCUGACGGAACGGGCUCGUUCUAAGGCCCAGGAAAAGCAGGAUCUCGCGACAAAGGCAAAUAUUCCAUUUGUGACCAAAUGA